UUCAGUGUUCCAACAUGGCGGUGUGUAUUGCAGUCAUUGCUAAGGAGAACUAUCCCCUGUACAUCAGAAGUGUUCCGACGGAGAAUGAGCUGAAGUUCCACUACACGGUGCACACUUCCCUCGAUGUGGUGGAGGAGAAGAUAUCGGCGGUGGGAAAGGCGCUGGUAGAUCAGAGGGAACUGUACCUUGGACUGCUGUACCCAACUGAAGACUACAAAGUAUAUGGCUACGUCACAAACUCCAAGGUAAAAUUUGUUAUUGUAGUCGACUCCUCGAAUACAUCCCUGAGAGACAACGAAAUCCGUAGUAUGUUCAGAAAGCUGCAUAACUCCUUCACAGAUGUGAUGUGUAACCCUUUUUACAAUCCUGGUGACCCCAUACAAUCAAAGGCCUUUGACAGCAUGGUGUCAGCGAUGAUGGUGCAAGCCUGCUGACAGCUUAAUUACCGGAUCUUAUGUUGUACAUAUACCCCU